GCCAAUCAUGUUAUACUCAAUUUUUAUAUUGCAUCUUUCGCAAAUUUCUUUUGGCUAAUUUAUAAUUUUUUUUUCAAUAAUACGCCAAAUUUGUAAAUAAUGGAAGAUAUUUUUAUAUUCUUGAUCUUUAACCUUUUUUUUAUUGUCAACUUGACACCCCGCCGCGUGUUAUGAUCGCAUCUAUUGCAAAAGUUCACCGUUGUAAACCGUCUUUAAGGCUUGUUAAAGAUGUAAAUGUUAACAAUUACGGUUUUACUAGCAAGCUUAUGUAAAAAGAGUAAUAAAGCGCGUCAUACUAGAAAUUGUUUUAUACGCCGUAAUAAUCUUGAUCAUUAUUACAAUAAUGCAAGUGGACUGUAUGAAAUUUUAAUUUUGUCAUCGAUAAAAUUGAAUGGUGUAACUUUGUUACGCAAUUUCCCAAAAAAGACAAGUACAAAUUCAUCAUUUAAAUUGCCACCAUCAACAAUGAGCAAACGCAUUUCUGUACUCUCUCCUCUUUUACAUAUUGUGCGUUAACAAAAUUAGGAAGUUGGGUUCCAAUUUUUCCUACUCCAAUCGAAUUUUUCUUGUCAAUUAGUGGAUUGACUUUGGGAGGGGACGUGCAAUUUUUGUAUAUAUACAAGGGAGUGUAUGCAACGAGUAUUGAGUUUCAGCUUUGUGAAUUACAAGGUACAAUGAAAUUUGUAACGGUCAUCUUAUCGCUGGUCGCGGUAAUUAAUGCCAGGCCGGACGUGUCGCAUCUACCCACUGGUAGUUACUUACCAUCGGGGCAUUUAGGUGAAUCGUCUGGACAGUUUGGCAGUAUAAGCAGUUUGGGCGGCCAGUUCGGUGGUGGUCAGACCAGUUUUGGUGGUGGUCAGGCCAGUUUGGGUGGACUAGGAGGCCAGAGCAGUUUUGGGCAGACAAGUUUCGGUUCUCAAAGUACGUUUGGAGGUGGUAGCUAUGAAGGACAUACUGGAGGCAUAGGCGUUGGAGGUAUCGGUGUGGGUGGAGGUUUCCAAGAUCAGAAGCACGUCUAUUUCUUCGCGGCACCUGAAGAAGAAAGCUCAGGCCGUCUUCGCAUUCAAAUUGUGCCCAACUCCCAACGCAACACUAAGAUCAUCUUCGUCAAGGCACCAUCUUAUGGAGCCGUACAGCCCGAAGUUAUCGCGCCACCUUCAAUUUCUGAAGACAAGACCCUUGUCUACGUAUUGGUCAAACGUCCAGAUCACGGUGGAUCUAUUUCAAUCCCUGCUGGUGCCGGCGUCAAAGCCUCCAAACCCGAAGUUUACUUCAUCAAGUACAAGAGUCAACAAGACGCUCGUCAGCUAAUUUCUGGUGGACUUCAAGGGCAACAAGUCGGUGCUAACGUUCCCGAUUUAGGAAACGAAGCCAGCUUUGUAAGAACAUUAGAUAGCGGUGUCUCAAACGUGGGACUCGGUAGCACUAGCUUUACGUCGGGAACCUCUCAAGGAACUAGCAUCGGAUCUAUAGGAUCUCACACCUCCGGAUCCCAUUCCAGCGGCAUAUUUACGAGUGGUACAUCGGGAUCGAGUCAGUACGGACCUGCGGGAGCCAGCGGACCUUACUAAGGCCAUUGUAAACGUGUAUACUGGGUAUUUCUCAUUUUGCAAACAUAAUUUGCGAGGUUGGGGAUCG